ACAUCAAAAUUCGAUAUCGAACAACAUUGAAUUCGAACAUCAACUCACGUUUAUUUAUCUACGCGCCAUAAAGUCAAUUGCUCGUAAUAAUAUACCUCCCUACGCGCCAAUUCGUCCGAUAAUUCUAACCUACUCGCGAUAUCUAAAUAUCAGCAAUUUCUAACUCCGCUCAGACGCGACAAUCACCUCGGCUUCGCAUCGCUUCUUAUCGAAAUCGCAUCGUCGCCCGCUCAGUCUCAUUUAUACCAUUUAAGGGUCCAUACCGGGCAGGUAAGGUACCUAUAAAACGGGAAAUACGCAUUCGAUGCCUCCCCGAAAACGAAAGCACCAAGAAGCAGCAGAGCCCGUUGCAGAGCCCGUCCCGUCUUCGCCAACCUCAGAACGCUCCCCUCCGGGAUCCGAUGCUUCGCCCACUUCACCCGUAUCACAACCAAUUACCGACUUGUCCCGCAACGAUUCGGAGCCGCCGCGCUUCUUCAACACCACCUUCACCACGUAUCGCGUUUCGCCUCUCUAUGUAGGUAAACAACCGCUGGAUCCCGCGCGUCUACAGCUCCUAUCAAAGCGCUUGCGAGACGCUCUCGUCGGUGACGUGGUGCGCGGCGUACAAGUCGGGCUGGACAGCGAUACGACGUUAGGGCGCACAGGCGCCUUACACGCCGUAGGGUGGUACUGGGUCGACGCCGAAAAGUUUCUCGGGGGCGCUGAUCGGCGCGACGGCAGCAUAGAGCUGGGAAAUGACGCCGACGAGCGGGCGCAAGGGGGGAAGCAACGGGUUAUGUGCAUAGAUCUGAGAUACGAGAACGCCCGGUUUAGCGCCUUGCUCUUGCCCUACCUCUCUGAGGACGAAGAUGCAUCAACCUCAAGUCUCCAGCCGUCUUGGACCUGGCAAGAGGAUGGUAGCAAUAACAAUUCUCGGCCGAAAGAGGAGGAUCGAGCUGCGUUCUUACAUUUCCCGUUGCUCCUGUUCAGGAUGCCCGCGCCGCUCAAAUCCGUACUUAUCAAUUUCCUAUCUAGCACCUUUGACUGUCGCAUAAGCCCGCUGGCGCUAGGUACGCAGACGCUCGUAAGUAGCUGGGAAGCCUGGUUGUCCGACAGACAUUCCAGGCGGGACGGGCGCGCGUUGACUAAGGACGUUUUGAUAACGCUCGGCUUUCAUAUCGAGCCAGGGGAGUCGACAACGAAAGGUAGUGGGAACGAGCUUGGCGAUGCCGACGAGCAGGAACAAGGCCAGAAACCAGACCAGCCUCGUUCGGGCAUAAAAACCAUCGUCGUGACUAUCCCCGCUGCAGAUGCGUACCGCUUCCUCCUCGCGGGCGAGAAGCUCGACGAUGAGCGCACGGCCUCGAGGAAGAGGAAAGCGGACGCAAGAACUACGUUGUCAGACGAACAGAAAAAUAGGCGGCGCCGGAAAUUAGCGGGUGGCAAAGACGAAGAGGGCUGGGCAUGGCGCAAGGAAUAUCACAACGCUACUGCCACGGGGGGAGAAACAGGAGAGAGCGUUAUCGAGCAGCCCUUCACAGAAGCCUUAGCGGCGUACAUGUGGCACCAUUUCGGCCUAGACAUCUUCCACCCGGGCGUCCGCGUGCAGCGAAUCGGCUGCGACGGAUUUGCGCUGUCCGAAGGGAGACUGAAAGUAUUUGCCCCGGCUCGCGGGAUCAGCAGUGAUGGUGAAGAGCAAGAAUCCCCUGCGUGGAAGCUGGUGCGAGGAUUAGUACGAAGAGCGCGGGGGACGCCGAGCUGGGCUUCUGGAGCAGGAGCAAAGAUAUUAGUGCAGCGGUAAGCCGUAAAUAUAUACCUAAGGGACACGGGAUGUGCUACGAAGUCUGGUUUUGUGACCUGACAUAUCAAUGAUACCCAGUUAGCCUGAAAAAUACUCAGGGAGAGGGGAUUUUCAUGAGGCCGUGGACGGACAACGAUACCCCUUAGAUGCAGUAUAAGUGAAGAAGAGUCGAAGCAAGUCAAAUAAAUAUUAAUUCAUUUUCAUUUUGAUUU